AUGUACACUUCGAUGCCAUUCAGCAACGUCAUCUUCUUCAUCCUGCUCUUGUCUCUGCUGUGCCCCCCGUCAGAAGCCAGACAGUGCAUUCCAGCUCCUGCAAACAACACGAAUACCUCAAGCGUCACCCCCUCGCCAAGCCCGAGGAAUGAAACGAGCGUGUUCAACACAACAACAUCGUCAGAGCACCCCAAGUUCACCCUCCCCGCUGUGAUCAUCCCAGUAGUGACCCCCCAUCCCAUCUCGUCGAAACUGGUCGCCUCUUCCUGCCUCCUGGCCUCCUCCUUGACUGUGAGGGCAGCAAACGAGCGCAAACUCCAUCACAUCGGACCUGAGCUACAUCAACCAAAGCUUCGUCAACGCAACCCAUCAGAAUUUGUAAUCUUCCCCUCAGUUCAGCUGCCUCGUUCCCUUGAGCUCUUCAUCGCUACAUUGCUCGUCAUUGUGGGCUCAGUCACAUGUUUCCUCGGCUUCAUGUACGCGAAGCUGCUGUUUACCAUCCUCUCCUUCAUGGCAGGAGUGAUCAUCUCCAUGUAUCCCAUCGAUGUCUUGAUGGGUAACAUACUGUGCGGGAAGUUCUACUGUGUAAGGGGAGAGGCAGGGGAGAGUUCUCUCAACUCAGUCCCGCUGGUUGCUGGGCUGUUCUUCGGCCUGUUCGCCGCGAGCUCACUGCCCCAGGCAUCCAAGAUGUUCGACCUCGGUCUCCUAACUCUCGGCGCCUCUGUCGCAAUCAUCCCAGCCCUGAUCCUGCAGCCUGCCAUUGACUCUGCCAUGUCAAGAUGGCCAGAUUGGACUCACUACAUCCACUACAUCGUCUUCGCCGGCGUCGGAGCCCUGGCGGCCAAGAGCAAGCCCGAUCCCUUCAUCAUAUGCAUGACGUCUGUCAUCGGGGCCCUUCUGAUCAGUGAGGCAGUUUGGCUAGAAGUUUGA